GUAAUCAUAACACCGUAAUAAUACAUGGGUAUAAAACAAGCUGUAUUCAUAACUUUACUGAUCGUUGAGGUGACAGGAAUAUUACCAACUUAGUGAUAUUUGUGGUCGAAACAGCGUUGUAAGAAGCGUAUUUUAGAAACAAUUUACAAUACACUUAGAUAAUAUUUUUAGUAGAUAACUUUGCAGCUAAGCGGAAUAUAUUGUAAAUAAAUUCAUUUUUCUGUUUUGCAUUAUCUGAACAUCAUUUAUUCUAUAAUUUUUGUGUGAAUAGAGUUUGUAAUAGUCAGUCAAACUGGGGCAAUGUAUGGAUAAAACUGUUGUGGAAAAGAUAAAUGCGGCAAAUAACGCCGCGGCAAGAUCUAAAGGGAACAGGAUGCCGACUCAACCUAUAAAAUUGUACUAUCUGCCACCGUCGCCCCCAUGCCGUUCUGUGAUGAUGACGGCCAGAGCAGUGGGAAUAGACUUGGAACUUGUGCUUACGAAUAUAAUGGAAGGUCAACAUAAAACUCCAGAAUAUAUAAAGAUGAAUCCGCAACACACGAUACCAACAAUGGAUGACAACGGUUUUAUAUUAUGGGAAAGUCGUGCGAUCAUGUCUUAUUUCGUUAAUGCAUAUGGACGCGAUGACUCUCUGUAUCCGAGGAAUCCACGUCAAAGAGCGCUUGUUGAUCAGCGGCUUAAUUUUGAUCUGGGUACAUUGUAUAAACGCUAUAUGGAUCUUUACGUCCCAAUGUUGUUUAAAGGUGAAGCAUACAAUGACGAAGCAGCAGAGAAGUUAAACGAGGCUUUGGAUUGGUUGAAUAUCAUGCUAGAAGGCCGAGCAUUCGUUGCUGGAGAUAAUCUCACCAUCGCUGAUAUAUCUAUUGUCGUCACUCUUUCUAAUUUAGAGGCCUUCGGAUUUGACUACAGCGCUCAUGAAAACGUCGUAAAAUGGUUCGAGAGAACGAAAAAGACUCUUGAACCUUACGGCUAUGCAGAAAUCGAUCAAGGAGGUGCACACAUUCUUGCAUCAUUCUUGAAAAAAGAAUGAACAUUAAACACAUUUUAUUGUUUAUUUCAUUACUAGUAUACGCAAUAAAAACUUUAC